AUGUGCUACGCGUACGGCUCUCUUGAUCAAGCAACGGGUGUCUGCCCGAUGUGCAAGGUCUUCAAGCCGAUCGGCAACGUCAGGGUGAGCUUCUUUUCUGGGUCGACGCCACAAAUGAGGACCCUGCUGAAGCGUUUGACAGUACAAACGUUCAGCGGGUGUGGUUUCUGCAAGUGGGCCGCCACAAACCCACCAGCGAGGCUUUCUGGGUAUCAGAACCCGGGCUGGCCAGGAUGCUGUCGACCACCUCUGCCAGAGGAGCAGAGGCACAUCGGCGCCGCAGAUUGGCCCGCCGUCAGCGUUGUCCAUCGCACUCCGAUCCCGCCGGAGAUCAAGUCCCUCCUAGACAGCAUUACGGGCAAGGGCGGGUCUGGCAGUCCUGGGGGCAGUGCGCGCGCUUCGAACACUCAGACCUUCGCGCCGACGAUGUCGCGCCGCGCCAGCCAUCAAAUUGGAAGCCCUACGAGGUUGGAGACUACUUCUGCCCGUAUACCGGUUGCGCCGAUCCCUGUUAGAGGACGCUCAGGUGGCAGUCCACAACAGGCUACCGCGGCUCUCACGAACAAUACGACCCGAAACGCGAACGUAAAUGGAGACGGAACAGCGUCAUCGUUGCCGAGCCGAUCCCCCAUGGAUCAAUAUCAGCCUCCCCCGCGCCGUUCCAACACAGAUGGUGAUAGACGCUCCGAGUCGGUGAAUGCGUCGCAGCACUCGCCAGGCCAUAAGAAUGUGGACCUAGGAGGCUCGUUGUCCCGCCGUAACGUCGAGCGUCGGCCUUCCCUUUCCGCCGCGCUUCCAGCCACGCCCGCCAAUAAAAUCCCAGUAGAACCUCAACCUCAGCGUCGUCGCCAGCAAACUCAGCAGCCGCCUAACCGGAUGUCACCACCUCCAAUCACUUCUAAUCGAGCUGCAGAGCGCCAAAGCACGGCGCCUCCUCCGUUGCAGCGUCGCGCUAGCAUUGUCGAGAAAUCGUUGGCGUCGAUGAGCAUCUCAAGUGCUUCUAGCAGCAGCAGCGGGAGCAACUCGGAGACAACGGUCAUAUCAGACGGAGGAUUCACGGAUUACUUGUCUGAUGAAUCCGAGGCUGAGCUGCAAAGGCAGGCGGAGGCGAAGGCUGCGUUGGUGGCCCAGAACCAGUUGGAGGAGCAGGAGUUCAAGGCGGCUCGCCAACAACUUGCGUCGGUGGACCUGCAGCCUCCGAGGUCAUGGAAUGGGAAUAACAGCACGCCUCGGUCUCAGGUCUCCGCCUCUCAUUCGACUUGCGUUCAGUCUUCCCCGUACGCUGCUGCAGUUUAUUCCGCAUCGGGGGCAAGCAUCGUAGGCUCGACGCAUUCUAGGGGCUGA